AUGGACUCCAAAACUCUUCGUCAAGCGAACAAUGUCUGGAGCAACAAGUACUUUGCCAUUGCUGUUGGAGCAAUUAUGGCGCUAUUCGUUAUCUCACACUGGUACACUUUCUUAUACUUGAAAUACAGCGUGGGGAGGUCAACGCCAUUCCUGAGGAAGCUGGUCCGGUAUAACCGUAUGCUUAGACGGUCUCUGAAUUGUUCCGUUUUCGGGAUACCUUCCAAACGAUGGCUUUUGUACCUCGUUUAUUGGUCAAUCAAUCUGACUCUUACACUGACUAACGUUAAUUUACAUAAGUUAUCCUAUGUUGGCAAGCGGCUCGGCUGGAUUGCCGUGGCAAAUUUUGUCCUGCUGGUAUUCCUCGCUUUAAGAAACACGCCACUUGCACCGUUAGCCGGACGCUCUUACGAACAGCUCCGGCCACUCCAUAAAACCGCCGGCUACACUUGCAUCGUCACUGCUGUCAUUCAUGCAAUCGUUUACUUGAAUGCCUGGGCUCAGGCAAAUGAGCUGGAGAACAUGUGUGAGAAAGCGAACCUUGCGGGAGCGAUUGCAGGAUUGGCAAUGGUUAUUAUCGGUCUUUCAACAAUCGGCUGGCUUGCUCGCAGAUAUUACGAGGUGUUUUACAUUAUUCAUGUGGUGAUGUUCAUAUUAAUCGUGAUCUUGGUCGGGAUGCACCGACCGGAUUUUGCGAAAUCCACGGUAGUUAUCGUCAUUUUCACAGCUUGUCUGUGGGCUUCAGAUCGUCUUCUCCGUUUUGUUAAGCUCUGUUGGAAUUUCUUUGGCAACUAUGCCACACUCACUCCCAUGCAAGACGGAGCGGUUCGGGUGAAGCUUCACCGCACCCUACACUGUACCCCGGGAUCUCACGCGUUUUUGUGGAUGCCGUCAAUUCGACUUUUUGAAUCCCACCCAUUUACACUUGUGUCCACCAGCCCAGUUGAGUUCCUUAUCCGCAAAUACGAUGGCUAUACCCAUGACUUGUUUGAGCUGGCCCAACGACAGCCCGGCAAGCGCCUACGAUGCUCCGUGGAUGGAGGAUACGGCCAAAUUGCAAACUUCACAAAAUUCGAUCGGGUAAUCCUUGUCGCAGGUGGUAGUGGUGCUAGUUUCACUUUUGCGCUUGCCCUUAGUGUCCUAAAGGAGGGCGAGAUGGAGAAUACCACCAAGACCAUCGAUUUUAUCUGGUCCGUCAAACACUCCGAGUCCUUGCACUGGUUUGAGAAGGAGCUCCAACAGCUUCAAGCAAGCCCUUGCGUGAACCUGUUUAUCCAUGUUUCACGGGACGAGGUCGUCUCUGAGGAUAGCUCGAGCCUGGAUUCAGCACCGAUUGCCGCAGACGUGGAGAAAGGAAAGGAUGAAACAGGAGGCCAAGUGAUUCCAAUUUCUGCCCACCGGAAAGGGCGACCGGAUGUUGCGAAUCUGCUUGCUAGCUGCAUCUCACAAUGCAGCUCGGAGUCAAGAAUUGGGAUCGGCGCCUGUGGCCCCGUCCAGAUGAUUGAGACCACACGCGAUGCCAUCUAUCAACGGACGUACGACAAUGGUCCUUCGAUUACUUUACAUACCGAAGAAUUUCAAUGGUAA